UAACUUAGCGGUGAUACUUUGAACCGUGUCAGCGUCAGUUUUCUGCCUCCCCGUUAGCCUGCGGUCUUUUCCGCCACCCUGGCAUAUCGAGGAGUCCCGUCUCUUCAGGAGCAUGUGUGAGUGACAAAAGAAGAAGUGGGAUCUCUGAGGCUCCGCCCCCUCUGCUGGUGGAGCACCCUGCACAUCUGACCAGAGACCCCUUGAGUCACUUUGAAAGGAUGCGAAGGUUCGCCUAUUGUAAGGUGGUUUUAGCCACCUCUCUGGUCUGGGUGAUGCUGGACAUGUUCAUUCUGCUCUACUUCAGCGAGUGCAACAAGUGUGACGAGAAGAAGGAGCGAGGACUGCCUGGGAGGGAUGAUACCCUGUCAAGACCACGAGACGGACCUGGUGAAGGCGGGAAGCCGGUGGUGAUUCCUAAAGAGAACCAGGAGAAAAUGAAGGAGAUGUUUAAGAUCAACCAGUUCAACCUCAUGGCCUCAGAGAUGAUUGCUCUCAAUCGAUCACUUCCUGAUGUUCGUCUAGAGGGGUGCAAGAACAAAUUAUACCCAGAUAAUCUUCCUCGCACCAGCGUGGUGAUUGUAUUUCACAAUGAGGCUUGGAGCACACUGCUACGAACCGUUCACUCCGUUAUUGACCGCUCUCCACACACGCUGUUGGAGGAGAUUGUCCUGGUGGACGAUGCCAGCGAGAGAGACUUUCUUAAACGACCAUUGGAGCAGUACGUCAGGAAAUUAGAAGUGCCUGUCAGAGUGGUGAGGAUGGACCAGCGGUCCGGACUCAUCCGCGCUCGCCUUAAGGGAGCAUCCAUCUCCACAGGCCAGGUCAUUACCUUUCUGGAUGCACAUUGUGAGUGCACCACAGGGUGGCUGGAGCCUCUGCUCGCUCGCAUCAAACAAGACAAGAGAACUGUGGUGUGCCCCAUCAUAGACGUUAUCAGUGAUGAUACAUUUGAGUACAUGGCAGGAUCUGAUAUGACAUACGGAGGCUUCAACUGGAAGCUGAACUUCCGCUGGUACCCUGUACCCCAGAGAGAGAUGGACCGCCGCAAAGGAGACCGCACACUGCCUGUCAGGACUCCUACCAUGGCAGGCGGCCUGUUCUCCAUAGACCGAGAUUAUUUUCAGGAGAUUGGCACGUAUGACGCAGGCAUGGACAUCUGGGGUGGAGAAAACCUGGAAAUCUCUUUCAGGAUCUGGCAGUGUGGAGGGACUCUGGAGAUCGUUACGUGCUCUCACGUGGGUCACGUGUUCAGAAAGGCCACGCCCUACACAUUUCCCGGAGGAACAGGACAGAUCAUCAACAAAAAUAAUCGACGGCUGGCAGAAGUCUGGAUGGAUGAGUUUAAGAACUUUUUCUACAUUAUCUCACCUGGUGUGACCAAAGUGGACUAUGGUGACAUCUCAUCUCGCACUGGUCUUAGACAAAAGCUGCAGUGUAAACCCUUCAGCUGGUACUUGGAGAACAUCUAUCCAGACUCCCAGAUCCCCCGACAUUAUUACUCCCUGGGAGAGAUCCGAAACGUGGAGACCAACCAGUGCCUGGACAACAUGGCUCGAAAAGAAAACGAGAAGGUUGGCAUUUUCAACUGCCACGGCAUGGGAGGCAACCAGGUUUUCUCGUACACGGCCAACAAAGAGAUUAGGACGGACGACUUGUGUCUGGAUGUGUCCAAGCUAAACGGACCCGUCAUGAUGCUCAAGUGUCAUCACCUCAAAGGCAACCAGCUGUGGGAAUACGAUCCUGUGAAGCUGACUCUGGUCCACGUGAACAGUAACCAGUGCCUGGACAAGGCCAGCGAGGAGGACAGCCAGGUGCCCAGCGUCAGAGACUGCACACACACACGCUCCCAACAGUGGCUGCUCCGCAACGUCACAUUACCAGAAGUCUUCUGACCACACUCCACAUGCUCACAGACCCACACUCUCACACACACAGCGGCCCGGGGCGAGCAGUCAGAAGAUCGGACAUGGUUAUUCAGUUUGGGCACGAGGACAGAGACUUCCCAUGUGUGGACUCGGGAACGGAGGCGGGUGAUGGAUGGGACGGUACUACCUCUGCCAGAGAUCAGAGGGAGGAGUGUCUUUGAGCCUGUUCAGAGCAAACAGAGACCAUAUCUGUUGUUUUACAUUUGUUUUGUUUGGUUAAAAAAAAAAAAAAGAUUUUAUCCGUGAGAAGUGACUCCUGCGUGAGACGACAGGACUGAGCCGGUGGAGUCGAGGUUCUGCACACAGCUUCCCUGGACAAAGCAGUCCACCCCUCAGCUCAUCAUGUAACGUUUACUGAAUGCCUCUGAUCUGUGCGAGUGUGUGUGUGAGUGCACUUAUCUUUGGGUGUUGACUCUAUGAUGAAUGUAUGCUUUGAGAAGGGGCCUGAAUUCCUUGUUCUUUGAGCUUUUUUAUUUAAUUUUGUAAUGGAUUUUUAAAAGUGAACUCAUAUGAAGACGUAUGCAUGUUUCUCCGUGUGUUUGCGUGUGCGCGUGCGCCUGCCAGAGCCCCUCCUAGUCUUGCAGUAGUGUGUGUCUCCCUCUGGUGUUUCUCCUUGGUAUUACAUCUUGCAGACUGAAGCCUCCAUGCUAAGAAAUAACAACCAAGGGAUGGCACAUUUACCAAAAUAGAAAAGUCUAAACCUGACGCCUGCCAUCAGCAGAGAUGUAGAGGUAGAGAAAUAUGUUUGUGAUAUCUUCAAGUUUCUAUGUCCAGUUUUUACACGACCUGUCUGUUUUUACUGUUUCCGUAACGCUAGUUUGUCUCUGUUGUCUUGAAACAAAUUGAAUCUAGAAUGAACACACACAAGCUGUGGAUAUGUACCUGAUGGUGUUCACUGCAGACUGUAGUGUUCAACCAUCAGUAACUUUCCCAUAAUGCACCACACAGCCACACACGAGCUGUACACAGUUGGUAAAAAAGGCUAAUUUGAUUCUUAUAUUGACUUUCCCCCCAAAAAAAACACUCCAAGGGCUUUUUUCCUCCGGUGGAGUGUGUGGAUGUACAUAUCUGUGCAGGUGUGAAUGUGUUUUUAUCUUCAGUACAUAUCCCAGUUCAUCCCUCUUUAUCAAAUUUUAAAUUAUUUGCUUUAGGACAACCUGUAGGCAAAUAUAUCUGCUUCCUGUAAAGAAGAAAACAUUUUGUUUUUCCACUCGAGUCUUAAUGCUUUCCUCUGGACAUAUCGACAGAAGAACUUCACAGGCAGAGUAAAAGAGUUCAAAUGUUGGUUCGAAGGACUUAUCUAUAUCUGCAUAUUUUAUUUUUGCAAGUUUUAACUGCAGUGUUUCCAACAUUCAUAUCUUAACUGUAAGAAGACAACAGAGCGUUAUCAUGUCAACCGUCAUGCUUCCUUUACAUGUUUUGUUUUGUGUCGUUCCUGCCGAGUCAGGGCAGGAGAAAUUUCAGAAAGCUCUAAAACAUUUCAGCUUCCUCCAGUGGAGGAAGGUUUACAGACGGUGUGGGCGACAGGAGGCCGUCGACUGGUUCGUCAUGUUUGAGCGAGUGACUGGUGACGAUGUGAGACUGAGGGAAGCGUGCUGAGUGUGUCGAUGGUGGAUGGGGAAGACGGGGUGGUUGGGAAGCGGCUGACAUGUCCAGGCUUCCACACUGAGCUGAUCCAAAUGUAGAAAAUAAAGGUGA